UUCAUAAGUAAUGCUCAUGAAAAAGACGACGGCGUUUGCCACUCGUUCUUAAAUCUCACAUCUAUACGCUGUCUAGCUAACGUUUACGAGCUCUACUUGUGUGUUAGAAGUUCUGUUUCAGAGCUAGCUUAGCACUAGCCCUGCUGUUAGUCAGCUUCCUAUCUUUAAUGGAAAGCUGCACUGCUCCAUGAUUGUUUGUUCCAAAAGAAAUGCAGCUCUGUCAGGAGACAACGAACAGCCUCACUUUGAGUAUGACAAUGACCAGAAUGAUCCUGAAGGAGGGAGCAAUGCUGAAAAGUCUGACGGAGCAAGCGAUGGAGAGGGAAAUGACAAAGAUGGUGAAGAAGGGAGUGAUUGGGAGGAGACAGAGGAUGAAGAGGGAGAGGAGAAUGAGAGGAGAGAUGACAGCAAUGCCAAUAGUGGGUGGGCUGAGGCCAUGGCAAAGAUCCUGGAGAAGAAAACCCCCGAGAGCAAAAGCAGCAUCCUGGUGAAGAACAGAGAGCUGGACAAGAUGAAGGAGAAAGAAAAACAGGAGCAGCUGGAGAGGAAGAAACAGGUUGACAAGAAGCGUGUGUGGGAGACGAUGUGCCGGGAAAAACCUGAUGUAGUGAAGGACCGUGAGACUGAAAGAGCUCUACAGAGAACUGCUACCAGAGGGGUGGUGCAGCUGUUCAAUGCUGUGAGGAAACACCAGAAAACAAUCGAUAACAGGGUGAAGGACGUUGGUGGCUCAGAGAGGAAGAAGGCCAAGCUUCUUUCAUCUGUCUCUAAAAAAGACUUCAUCAAUGUUCUAAGAAGCACAGAGGGAGGGAGCGGAGUCACUGGCAAGACUGAAAAAAUUGCUGCAGCAGCAGAGGAGAAUCCCGCCUGGAGCGUCCUCACAGAUGACUUCAUGAUGGGAGCCACCAUGAAAGACUGGGACAAAGACAGUGACAAAGAGGACGCCCAUACACAUACAGCGGUGGGGGAGGAGGAAAGUGACUCAGACUGACACCAUCCAUAGAGUGCUCAGAGGGUGCUGUUUUUCUGUAGGCCAACACAUAAAUUAACGUCACCAUGGUUCCCUUGUCAAAAAGCCAAUGGGAGUUUUCCAUUGGAUUUGGGAUUAUUGCAGAAAAUAAGCUAUGUAUCCCCAUACAUUUUGUUGGGCAAAAUUUCCAGCCUUUUCCGUGACUUUUCAAGGACCCAUAAUAAAGAUUUUUUUUCUUGCCCCAUUUGCUUUUUUUAACAUAUCCGCUUCAAAUAUAGUUUCAGCUAGAUGGCAUAAAUGAAGGGUGACUCAAAAACAGGGAGAAAAUAAGGAAAUGUACAUGAUGUUAAACAAAAUUUUUGUACACAUAAAAAUAUUUUAGAACUACGUAACAUCAACAGCUACAGCUGAAUUUGCUGUUAUGCUACAUAAUGUGGAUGGUUAUUCACAGGUUAUUUUAACAAUUUAAUUAUACACAGAAAAAUUUCAUGACUUUUCCAAAAUGUUCAAUAGUUUUGACUUAUUCCAUGCCUUUUAUGACACUUACAUGUUUUGUUCAACAAGAUAAUCUGCACAGAUGAACACUGCUUUUAUGAUAACCAAAAUGCAACUGCCAGAAGUAAAGAGCUAACAUUAGGCUAUAAACGAUCUACACUGCAGUGGCACAACUAAAGUGUCACUACCACAACAAGGCUGUAAUGACGUGAUGAUGACGGUCUGUAGUCUCAUUCAGCCAUGUUAGCAAUAGUCUUUUUUAAAACACAUAAAAGCUUAUAGCAUAUUUUGAGUCAUAGAACAAAUGUGAAAGUCGCUUCAGCUUGUGUUAACCACAGACCUUAUUUCAGACAUCUAACAAAAAAACCAUUCAAAAAAAACAUUGACUUUGACACAAGGGAACCGGGAGUGCUGAAAUGCUAACUAAUUUCUGGGUGUUAGGGCUCAUUUCUGGGGCACUCAUAAUGAAGUGACAGUACAGCAGGCUGUGAUGCCUUCAAGGACAUUUUGGGGAGCAGAAACACUGACCUGCAGAGAACAGCUUCAGCCUCAGGACCAUCCUUUGCACGUCUGCGUCUGGAAGUGAACGCGUAGGACAACGAUGUAGGAGCCUACCCAAUCUUGUCAGUUUGUGGACUACAGAGUAUAUAGGAAACAUGGAAAUAGUUCUUUACUGUUUGUAUAUGCAAGAAAAUGCUUUUAUAGCAUCACACAUUUUGAUAUUUGUUGGUGAAUAUAUUGUACAGAGAAGGCAGAGGUUAUUGACUGCACAACAAACUGUACCCUAAGGACGUGAAGAAAAUAUGUGGAAACAGGAUGUAACAGAGAUAUUGAGCCUGGGGAGAGUGAAAGAAACUCCUGCCCCCCAUCAGAGAUUCCGCAUCAGUUUGCGCUCAUUUUGUCUAUAUAUUGUUCUAUAAUUCAACAACCUUUGAUGAUUUACACUCUGUAAAUAGGAAUGUUUUGUAUAGCACCAGUUGAGUUAACAGUCAAUUUAUAUUCAGUGCUCUGUGGUUUUUCUGUAGACUGGACUUGUGUCUGCUCAUAGAAUUUCUUAGCUCUCCCCAGAACUCUUUCAAAGAACAUAUAGGAUAUGAGUGUUGUAUUAACAUCAACUUUGAAAAAAUUCAAA